UGACUGUCACGUCCUGUCUUUAGGAACUGCUGUUGUUCUGCCAGUUUCCCAGUUGCAGCCAAACCCCUGGACCAUCCGAAGAAUUCAGCUGUUCACCGGCUGGGCCCUUGCCCCAAAACAUCUGUCAGAACACACGCUCUGGCCGCAAGCCGAGUGCUGGAGCACAAUGCGCCGGUCAGCCCUGCUGCCACUCCAGGCCCUGUGGGCCACACUGUGCACCUCCAUCGCCCACUUCCCAUCAUGGGGCCACUACGACCUGUGUAAGACGAAGGUUCACUCGGACCAGGACAUGAGCUGGGAUUACAUGGCCUGCCAACCCGAGGCUGCGCUGCUCACCCGCUACCUAAAGGUCACCCUCGACCCACCCGACAGCACGUGUGGAGACCCCCCAGAGAUGUUCUGCUCUCUGGAGAAUCCAUACAUGUGUUAUAACGAAUGUGACGCUAGUACCCCUGAGCUGGCACACCCACCUGAGCUGAUGCUAGAUGAUGAGGGCCGCAUCCCCAACACCUUUUGGCAGAGUGUCUCCUGGAAGAGUUUCCCCAAACCACUGCUGGUCAACAUCACCCUGUCCUGGGGCAAGAGUAUUGAGCUGACCGAGGACAUCAUCAUCACCUUCGAGUCGGGCCGGCCGGAGCAGAUGGUCCUUGAGAAGUCCCUGGACCAUGGGCGGACGUGGCAGCCCUACCAGUUCUAUGCAGCUGAUUGCCUCAAUUCCUUUGGGAUGGAGCCGCGGAGGGCAAAGGAGCUGAAGUCGGCCUCCGUGUUGGACAUAAUCUGCACUGAGGAGUAUUCUAGGGGCUACGUGUGGAAAUUGGACAAGAUGGUGCGCUUUGAGAUACAGGAGCGAUUUGCACUGUUUGGAGGCCCCCGACUGCGGGAUAUGGCCUCACUCUACGGUCAGCUUGAUACCACCAAGGAGCUCAGGGACUUCUUCACGCUGACGGACCUGCGGCUCAGGCUGCUGAGGCCCGCCACCGGGGCCACCAGUGUGGACCAGCAGAGACUCUCCAAGUACUUCUACGCAAUCUCCAACCUAGACAUCCGUGGCCGCUGCAAGUGCAACCUACAUGCCAACAACUGCGUGGUGGAGAAGGGGAAGCUGACCUGCGAGUGUGAACAUAACACGACCGGUCCCGACUGCGGACGGUGCAAGAAAGCAUUCCGAGGCCGGCCCUGGAGAGCAGGGUCCUACCUGCCCAUCCCCAAAGGCACGGCCAACAUCUGUUUAUUAAAUCAUGAUGGGCCCACCAACUGUCAUUGCUUCGGCCACUCGACACGCUGCAGUUACCUCCAGCUGCUCAACGCCGCCGUUUGCGUGGGCUGUAGGCACAACACUAGAGGGCCACACUGCCAAUUCUGCCGCCUGGGCUCACACCGAAACCACGCGGUGCCGCUGGACCAUCACCACGUUUGCCUAGACUGUGAGUGUCACCCAGAUGGCUCUCUGCAUCGAGGCUGCAAUGAUACGGGACAUUGUGACUGUAAGGAAGGUGCCACUGGGCCCAAGUGUGACCGAUGCCUGCCCGGAUACCAUUGGCACCGGGGCUGUCGAGCGGGCGUGUGCGAUAACUUGCUGAGGCGGUGCGAGAACGGCGGAGUGUGCCAGGACAACGGCAGGUGUCUUUGCCCUGCUCCAUACUCCGGACUCCUGUGUGAGAAAGGGCCGUGCGUAAAGGAAGCAGGGGGCUGUUCCUCACAGUCGCCACGGGACCCGCCCCUGCACCGGGUGCUGCUGUCGCUGACCGCGUUGCUGACCGCCGCUAACGGGCGCCCGCCGCUCUGAGCGGCCUCUGCCGGGGGAGGUGGAGAGUGCGCCGAGGAUUCCAGUGUUGACCGUGUCGCCGUUCAGCACGCUCCUCCCUCACUGUCCAGCCCCACACACCUCUCCCCCACCCCCGGGAACCUCGUACCCUUGAGUGUAGCCAGACACAUCCCAGGCGCUGGAGACCAGAAUCGGGAAGAGUGUGCUCCUUCCCCGGUUCCCGGGGGGGGCACGCAACGGCUGGAAUAGGUUCUGCAGCCUUCGGGUACCCACCCCACAUCCGCACCCAAACCUCGGAACAUGAGGAGGAGCAGACCUCGGAACCCCAUUC